CCUGUGUGUUGUCAAGUGUCCCACACCAGCCUCAUCACAUCACCUAGCCGAAGCUUUGUGUUCUAUGCCAAACCUGUCUGACCUAACACUUGGAGGAAAUCUCAAUGAGGAGUUCUACUCUACAUUGAAAGCAAAGGCUCCAUCCAUACAGGUAUGUGUGUCGUAAUGUAAAUGUCAUGGAGGGUCAUUGAUCGACAGAAACAACAGUAAUAGUUAUAUUAACACCCCUCUUUAAAGGUCAUUCACUUGGUAUAUUGGAACAGUCAUGAAACAUGGAAUAAAAGCAAACUACACAUUUACUGAUUCAGUUGAAAUUUAAGUGUGUAUAGGAUUGACAUUGUUUGGAUCAAUAUCCAACAUUUUCCAAGUUUGAUUGAUAUGUAAAAUAUGUCAUAUAGUUAUAAGGAGCUAAUUUAAAUAUAGUCUUGAAUUUUCCACAACUGCACCUCAGCAACAAACCUCCUGACUUAUGAUUAUUGUGCACAUAAAAUCCAGAGUUAUGAAUACCUGUAAUACAUUAAUAGCAAAUGUAUAUUUAUUGGUAUUGAUUUAUUUCAGUGUUGGUGGGAGUAGGAUAUAACAAUGCAUACAGGUAAUGAGGUUGGAAGCCCUAUAAAGAAUACAUAUAAAAAAUAAAAAAAUUCUCUUACUAAAUCAUCCUCUCCAUGGAAAUUUUAGUUUGUUCUUUUUCUCAAUAGAUGAGAAUUGAAUUUAAAAAAAAAAAAAAUUCAAUCUUUGUUGUUGAGAAUAUUAUUAUGAAUAGAACUAUGUAAUUAAUAGGAUAUGUAUGAAAUGUAAGGGUUCAGUCAGAAAUUAGUAAACAAAACAUAUUCAUGUAUAGGCGUGCUGCUUAACUAUAUUCAUCUACAAUGUCGGUAAAGAUUCUCAAGCUGUCUGUUGACCAGUGUCCGACACGAGCCUCAUCACAUCACCUAGUCGAAGCACUGUGUUCUAUGUCAAACCUGACUAACCUGACACUUACAAGGUAUCAAAAUGAGGAGUUCUACUCUACAUUGAAAGCAAAAGCAUCAUCCAUACAGGUCCAGAUUCUUGAGUUUCAUGUCGAGUGUACCGCACCAGCUUCAUCACAAUACCUAGCCGAAGCGCUGUGUUCUAUGCCAAACCUGACUAACCUGAAACUUGGAAGUUAUCUCAGUGAGGAGUUCUACUCUACAUUGAAAGCAAAGGCAUCAUCCAUACAGGUCGAGAUUCUCAAGCUUGAUGUUGUCGAAUGUCCCACACCAGCUUCAUCGCAUCACCUUGCAGAAGCACUGUGUUAUAUGCCAAAGCUGACUGACCUGACACUUCAAUGUUAUAUCAAUGAGGAGUUCUUCUCUACAUUGACAGCAAAGGCAUCAUCCAUACAGGUCAAGAUUCUCAAGCUUGAUGUUGUCAAGAGUCCAACACCAACCUCAUCACAUCACCUAGUCGAAUCACUGUGUUCUAUGCCAAACCUGAUUGACCUGACACUUCGAAUGGUUCUUAAUGAAGAGUUCUACUCUACAUUGAAAGCAAAGGCAUCGUCCAUACAGGUCCAGAUUCUCAAGCUUUAUGGUGUCAGGUGUCCCACACCAGCCUCAUCACAUCACCUAGCCGAAGCACUGUGUUCUAUGCCAAAUCUGACUCACCUGACACUUGGAAUGAGUCUCAAUGAGGAGUUCUACUCUACAUUGAAAACAAAGGCUCCAUCCAUACAGAUACAGUUCACAAACAAUGCAGGUCCGGAUUCUCAAGCUUGAUGUUUAGGAGUGUCCCACACCAGCCUCAUUACAGCAGAAGCACUGUGUUAUAUGCCAAACCUGACUGACCUGACACUUGGAAGUUUUCUCUACAAGGAUUUUUACUAUACAUUGAAAGCAAAGGCAUUAUCCUUACAGGUUUUUUUCCCUCAGAUUAGGAAGGGAAACUUCAGGUUCAAUGGCAUUGCUCACAAUGACUUGGACUCAUUUCUUCACGCCCUCACAUGUUUGCAAAGGUCAAGCGAUUGGCUACAUGAGCAACUCGAUUGACUCUGACAACUCGGCCGACUUGCCACUUGGACGGUCCAAAUGACUCGGAUGGCUCGGUGUACUAAUUUUGUACAUACAUAAUUGUUUGUAAAUUUAGAACUACAUCCAGUUCUAGAUUUCCUGGAAAAUACUUCCUCCGAUUUCCGUCUGUGGAAAUAUUUCAUGGGCUUUCUUCACAUCAUUCCAAUGUACAGUAUAUGGAAAUAUGCUGCUGUAAUUUUAAGAUACAUGUCUCUUUUGUCAAUCUAACAUGCCAGAGUUAUCAGUGUAAUAUCUAAUUUGACAUGGAUUAUUUUUAUGAAUGAUUUACUACAUCCACCAGUAGUACACAAUAAAUUCAGACGAGGAAAUCUUUCCAGGACUUUCUUUACAUCAUUCCAGUGUAUAUGUAAAUAUGCUGCUAUAAUUUGAAGAUACUUGUCUAUUUUGUCAAUGUCACAUGCCUGAGUUACUAGUGUAACAUUCUAUGGGACGUGGAUUAUCGUUUGUAAAUUUAGAACUUCAUCCAGCUUUAGAUUUUAAAAUCCAUCAGAGGAAAUAGUUUUCAUGAUUUUCUUUACAUCGUUCCAGUGUACAUGUAAAUAUGCUACUAUAAUUGUACAAUACAUGUUCAUUUUAAUUGUAUUCAGAACUGGAUUUCAAUAAUGUUGAUGGUACAUAUUCCAGGCUUUUCUUUACAUCGUUCAAUUAUAAUUAAGCAUUGUCAAAGGUAAUACAAAGUUUUGGGAAAUUUUGAAAAUUGGGUGGAGAGUGAUUCUAUACAAUUUUGAUAUAUUUGG